AUGUGUAUUGAUGCGAGUCCGAUGCACAUUUGCAGAGUGAACAGAUCACCUGAAAGCACACAUUACUGCCUCAACAUAAUGAAGCUCUGCAUCUUGGCCGUUGCUGUUUUCGUAGUUGCAGUGAGCGCUCAAGGUCCUCCACCACUUCCACCAUUCGUGGCCAACGCACCACCUGCCGUUCAGGCUGAAUUCAGACAGCUGGCAAAUGGCGCCCCAGACAAAACCGAAGCAGAAAUCGAAGCUCAGAUCGAGCAAUGGGUAGCUUCCAAGGGA